CAGAGGCGCAGGUGAGCGAACGUGGCGCCGUCGGUAACAGUUCCCCGUCUCGGCGAUCGACCCAAAGAACCACACUCAGUACAUCCCUCGAGGCAUUGCGUAUACGCAGCGUGCGCCGCGACCUCAAGCCAGGCCGAAACCGAUAAGAGCCACAAUCGCAAUAUAGCGACAAAAAGAACAAAAAGCGCAACUGCUGCCGCCAACACCAGCGGGCAGAUACGAAUACGUGUUUUUAACGCAAAAAGCUGAAGCAAAAAACCCAGCAAAAAUUCAAAAUAAGAUAAACAUUAUAUACACUUGGCGGUGACAAAACCGAAAGUAAAUAGCUGGUCGCGAAGCAUUUAAUUCGGCUGGAGCGGAGAAGCAGGGUUCGCUGGGAGAGAAUAGCCCAGUGAUAAUGUCGAAGUGAAAAGCGCCGCGAGACCAGGAAAAGCGCAGACAGAGAGCACCCACUCGGCAGAUAAGGUUUAUCGGGAGCACCCGCUGGCGGCCGAAAUGGCCGACGAAGAUCUCAGUCCGCUGCCCUUCCGGCGGGAGCGCAAUCUCAGCAACCGCAACUUCAACAAGCGCAACUCGCGCCGCCGGAUCAGCCAGCAGGCGGCGGAGCAGGAACGCCACUCGAGCACACUCGCCAGUAGCCAGCCGGAGGCGGUCGGUGCAGGUUCUCCGCCCAGCAGCAGCAGCUCCAGCUCGUUCCAGCUCUCGUACUCCGUGAACUCCGACACGGAGAGCGCCUUCAACCGACGCUCCCUGCUCAAGAUGCACGAGGUGGCGCCGGAAAGCGGCGGCGGCGGCGGCGGCGGAGGAGGAGCGGAGGUCACCACCCCAGGGGACUCUCCCACGACGCCCUCCACUCCCGAUCCCGCCCUGCUGGAUGUGCGCCAGAAGGUGCACCGCUUUGAAACCCUGAAAACCACCGUCUGCUUCAUGAAGCAGGAGCGGCACAGCCUCAAACUGCUAGAGAACCGUCGUCACCCAUCUUUCGAGGAUUACUCCGGGGAACAACGCACUCCCCCAGCCACGCCCCCGCGACGGAUACGCCUGCCAGGCCUGGGCAGCAGUCGCAGCAGCUCCAUACCCAGCAUCCAAGGCGGGAGCAUCCACGAGGUGCGUUCCGAGGACGAAGUGGACCAGAUAUCCGACUUCGAAACGGACCCCCCUGCCCCGGCCUCUGAGGAGUAUGUAGUAGCGGAUACCACCUCGGAGGUCGUACCCAGCUCCAGUCAGGAGGAGGAGGAGCCGAAGACCCAGCAGGUGCAGCGAUCCAUCAGCGCAGACCAAUCCAAGGACAGACUCACGCUGCCGCUCAAGAUGCGCAGCGAUUUCCCCAGAAACUAUCGUUCUACGCCGAGACGCAAGACUGAAAUCAUCGGGACCACCAACGAGCAUGUGGUGGGCAAGUUUCACUCGGUCUACCAGCCAAAGGAUGAGGAGGAGGAGGUUGAGAUCGAGCUGCGGGACAAGAGCGACAAGUGCGUGCAUCCCAUUCUCGAGGAGCUCAUCAAGACGGAGGAGGCCUACGUGAACAACCUGUUCACGGGCAUCGAGAACUACGGAAACAUCUUCCAGCGCAAGGACCUGCCCCUGGGUCUCCGGGGCAAGAAGUACGAUCUGUUUGGCAACAUCGAGCAGAUCGCCGAGUUCCAUCGCGAUGAGUUCCUGCCCAUGCUGCAGCGCAAUAGACGCGACCUGAAGCGAUUGUUCGAUGAGUUUCUGCAGUUCCUAGAUCAAAACUGCUUCUAUGGAUACGUUAUCUUCACGAUGAACAAGCAAAAGUCCCUCAAGCUGUGCGAUCUCUACAAAAACUACUUUACUAGCAUUCGCCUGGAACGCGAUGACAAGCUGGGCAUCAAUAGCUUCCUGGUCCAACCCAUCCAGCGCAUGGCUCGCUAUCCCUUGCUCCUGACGCAGUUCAUCAAUACCUUCUUCAAGAACCGGGACAUAGUGAUGAAGCCGCUAAUUGAGUCCUGCUGUCGCCUGGAGAAGCGCCUGCGCUCCCUGCUGACCACCACCAACGAAUCGGAGAUCAUCAACGACAUAGUGGACUGCCACGAGUUCAAUGUCUACUACCAGGGCAAAUUCCGCAAGGUGAACGAGUUCCAGGUGCUCGAUCACAAGCUGAAGCGCAGCUACCGAGGCAAGGUCUUUAUUUUCGACAAGUGCAUCAUCUACACGGAGAUCAAGGGCAAGAACCUGAUCUUCCACGGCCGCUAUCCCUGCGAGCACAUUGGGAUCUCGGCCAAGACCAAGUCCUUCACGCUGUACUACGAGCGCAGGAAGCAGCAGGAGUGCGAGUUCACCGCGGAUCCGGUGCAGAUCGCCGCUUGGCUGGACUUGAUCCGGGAAAUGAUCAACAACUUCGCCAACGAGGAGCGCCAGAAGCUGCAGGAGCGCUACUCCCGGGAGAACGACCACCUGCACCGCAAGGCCCCCAGCUUCUCGCUCUACCGCGACUCCAAUCGCUUUAGUUCAGAUAGCGGAAUCGGCAACAUCUGGUAUAUGCCAAAGGCAGACGAAGAGACGAUCAGCCACAGGACCACUUGGUAUGCGGCCACCUAGGGUGGGAAAUGGAUGCCCUGCUAUGGGAGAUCGGCAGUUCUGGAAGGACAAGGAGGAUGAACCUAACCAAUCCCAACUGGGUCUGCAUAAGGCGGCCAGUUCUAAGGGCCAAUAAGCCGAGCCAAGUCAAUGGCUCUUGCCCAUUGUAGGUGGCAAGAGGAGAUCGGAAGCAAACUUCUUUCGGUUUGAAUGCUAAAUAACCAAAUACUGAAUUAUAACUUUAGUUGGCUUAUUAAGUUGUAUAUAUUCCUGUUUAAUUGUUGUCACAAAUUGGAAGUCGUUGAAAGCCUCGACUUUUGUGUUCAGCUUUAUAAGCUUUUUUGUGUGUAAAUAUUGGCUAAAAAGACGUUUAAAUAAAUU